GGAAGCUUCGCUAUUUGCUGCAGCAAUCGGGCCGCCAGCUGAUAGGCGAUGGCGGAAAUGAGCGUGAGGCUCACGUGGCCAUGCCCCUAUCUGGACGAUGAGGGUGGUGGUGGGCGCACACGAAGGGGUCCCCUACUGGGUGGAAAAUGGCCCAAAUGGCCCCAAAAGAACGCUGGAUCGUGUAGAGCAGCGCCAGCAACCCGAUCCCCGGCUUUGGGCCCGUCACCACCAGAAAUCCAGCGGCUAUCGUGGGGAUGGACCCAUCCCCGCUAACCAGCAACUGGACCCCAGCAGAUCGGGCCCGCGCACGACCCUCGAAAAAACAGUCCCAGUGCCGCCCAUAUGCAGGACGGGUGUCUUCUCCGUUAUUGUGCCUCAUGUGGGUGAAAGAUAUGAUGAUUUAAUUGCAGAUUACCUCCUCACAAUUUAAUCUGAUUAGAACUCACCCCCCAGGCACUCGCCUUUUCAGCUACCAAAUCGACCACUUUCACGCCCGUCUGCCCGAUAUAUAUUCAGUUAUAUAUCUUCUCCACUUAUCUACUCAAGUUAAACAUUUCACUAUCGUUUAACAGCAGUCCCCAAUCUUAGCCUCCUUCCCUGUCAUUAUAUCAUAUAUGGACUCCCAUUACUAAA